AGAGCGACAUGUUUCUCCACAAUUGCAUUUUUCUGCUCUCAACUGCCACCGUGUUGGUGGCUUACCACUUGCCACAUCGCAUCAUAGGUGGCAGUAAUACAUCGAUUAAGAAGGCCCCCUGGCAAGUCUCCCUGCAGUACAGAGGCCAACAUUUUUGCGGGGGUGUCAUCUACAACAGCAACAUCAUUCUGACCGCAGCCCAUUGUGUUGCCAAAGUGAGUGCAGAUUCGGUAAGAGUGCGAGUUGGUUCCGCAAAUAAAGAGAGGGGUGGACGAGUAUACAGUGUCCAAGAAAUUAUUGCACACGAACAAUUCAAUAGUCCAGCAUACUCCAACGAUAUAGCAGUAUUGAGCUUAGUCGAUCACAUAACAUUCAACGACAAAGUCAGGCCGAUUCAAAUCGCUGAGGAAGAACCAGAAAGCGAUGAACUUGCAAACGUAACGGGUUGGGGUAUCACCGAAAAUGAUUCCUUGCCAAUAACUUUGCAAAACGUGGACGUCCGCAUCGUGAGCAAUGACGUUUGCAGAGAGAAGUUCGGCUAUUUAAUCACAGAUAAUAUGAUCUGUGCUGGUCGGGAGGGAGAAACCUCAUGUCAAGGCGACUCUGGUGGCCCAUUGGUGGUUAAUGGUGAGCUUGUUGGAGUCGUCUCCUUCGGACUAAAGUUCUGCUCAUCCGUAAGUGUCUAUACCAAUGUCGUUGCUCUGAGGCCAUGGAUUGAAGAGGCUGUUGCUGCUCUCAGUUUGCCAGAACAUAAUACUAUAAAUUAAAUGUUCCAUAAGUAAACUA